UGCCUUCGCUUUCUCCACGGGGGGGUUUGGAGCAGCAAAAGCUCCUCAUUAAAACGCAGGUGAAAGUCGCCCUCGGCUGCUGGGGUGCCCACCUCUCCCUGCGGUGAUAACCUGGGACGUGGAGGGACACGGCCUGGGGACAGCUGAUGGUGGCAGCACGCCUGCUGUCCCCAAAGGAAAGGCACUUGGAGGGGACGGGGUGGGGGGGGGCCACUUGCACCCCACUGCCGCAGGCACAGCCCGGCCGGGGACCCCAGGUUUCCACCACAGGGGAGGAGGAAACAAGGAGCUGGCUGGGUCCCCCGUGCUGGAGGUGCCAGAAAUACAGGACAAAACACCCCCCAGCCCCCUUGCAAGGAGCCUGGGCUGGUCCCAGGGUCUUGGCCAGGCCGGCUCUGGUCCCCCCCCACCGCCUGCUCGGCGACGGGAGUGGGGAACCACGGGUCUCACCCUGCCUUUCGCUGUCCGGCCUCCACUUGCCAGAAACGCCUUUUGAAGAGCAGCUGGAAGCUCAGUUUCAUUCUAUUCCCUUUCAUUUUGGGGCAGCUCAGGUCAGCUUCUUCAGCCGUCCCGAAAACCCCUGUUCCCGCUGCCGAGCGGCAGCGACUUGCCGCUGCGGGCAGCCGGGGUUCAGCCCCUCUCGACCCCAACCCUGCCCGUAGCGACCCACCCUCCAGCAGCUCCCCGGGGGGGGGGGGGGGGGGGGGGAUGGGGAGGAAGGCUCCCCAAAACCAUACCCAAACCCACCAAGCGAAACCCCAAACCCCUCCAAGGGCAGCCUGCACCCCCAGCCGUCCCCGUUCCCCCCCCCCCACCACCACCACCUCCAUCAACCCAACCGGGGUGGCGGUGGCUGGGGGGGGGGCUGCAUCUUCCCGCCGCAGGCGCCAUGGGCUCCCGGCACUUCCCGGCCCGCACCGUGCUCUUCGAGAAGGAGCCCGCCGGCGUCACGUACCGCGUGCCCGCCCUGCUCUACCUGCCCCGCGCGGCCAAGCUGCUGGCCUUCGCGGAGGAGCGGCUGAGCACCGCCGACGCCCACGCCAACCUGCUGGCGCUGCGCCGCGGCACCGUCUACGGGAGCUACGUGGAGUGGGAAGACAUGCGGGUGCUGGAGACUGCCACGCUGCAGCACCACCGGUCCAUGAACCCCUGCCCGCUCUAUGACGAGUUCACCGGCACCCUCUUCCUUUUUUUCAUCACGGUGCCGGGCAGGACGCCCGAAGCCUACCAGCUAGUCACUGGCCAAAACGUCACCCGCCUCUGCUGCGUCACCAGUGACGACCAGGGCCUGAGUUGGAGCACGGCCACAGACUUGACGCAGCAGGUCAUCGGCGGGGCCAUCAAAGACUGGGCGACGUUUGCGCUGGGCCCCGGGCACGGGAUCCAGCUGCGGUCCGGGCGGCUGCUGGUACCCGCCUACAGCUACCACAUCGACCGCAAGGAGUGCUUCGGGCAGCUCUGCAAGACCACCCCUCACUCCUUCGCCUUCUACAGCGACGACCACGGCCGGGGCUGGCGCUUCGGGGAGUUCAUCCCCAACCUGCAGACGGGCGAGUGCCAGCUGGUCUCCGUGGACGAGGAGGACGGCUCCAACGUCCUCUACUGCAACGCCCGCAGCCCCUUGGGCUUCAGGGUCCAGGCGCUGAGCACGGACGACGGGGCCGUCUUCCACGGGGGGCAGUUGGUCCAACGGCUGGUCGAGCCCCCCCAUGGCUGUCACGGCAGUGUCAUCGGCUUCCCGGCGCCUUUCGUGUAUGGCCCUGCCGUGCCUGGGGGCCCCGUGGUGCCCCUUUGGGGCUCGGCUCGCCGGCUGCUCCCUGGGAUGCUCCCAGGGUUUCGGUACCCGCCCUCCGGGCAGGCAGCGGGUGAUGAGCUGCCCGCCCCGGCCACCAGCAGCCACCGAGAGCCGGCUGAGCCCCCAACCCCGGAGCGUCACAGCCGCCCCCACGGCAUCACCUCAGCUCGAGGGGACCCUGUGGCAACCCCCGGCCCUGCUGCCUUCUUCCAAGCGCCGACGUGGGUCCUCUACUCCCACCCCACCAGCUCCAUGUCACGGGUCAACAUGGGGGUUCACCUGAGCACUUUCCCCAGGGACGCGGAGAGCUGGACCGAGCCAUGGGUCAUCUACGAGGGCCCGAGCGCUUACUCGGACCUGGCUUACGUGGAGCUGCCCUGCCACGAGGCCUCCAUCGCUGGUGGCCCGGCCGUCGCUUUUGCCUGCCUCUACGAGAACGGGACGCAGUCGCCCUACGAGCAGAUCUCCUUCAGCAUGUUCACGCUGCGCGACGUGCUCCAGAACAUCCCCCUGACAGCUCCCCAGCGGGACGGCGGCUCCCGGUGCCGCAGGAAGAGGGGGCGAAGGAGCUGCUGCCUCUCCUAGCGCCCCCCCCUUGCUCCCCCCGGUCCCCCAGCUCCAAACCUCGGGGCACCAACCCGGAGCCCAGCGCACCGGGAUGCUCACAGCCCGGGGUCCUGCCGCCGGCCAGAUGACACCGAAGACAUGCGCUACCGUCCCCAAACUGGGUUUUAUCUCGUUUUUCUUGCUACUUUUUUAAUUAUAUCGUUGGUUGGGCAUGAAGGCUUGUGCCACCAGCCCAUGUGCCUUUCCAAGCACAUGAGCCGCCCCAGGAAAUACAUAAUGGGGGGGGGGGGGGGGGGGGCAACACAGCAGUGUAGGGGAGAAGGCGAUCGCGGGCACCUUGUGCCACCCGCGUGUGCCAGGUGCUAGAUCAGGGGGACACGAUGCUCUGGCUGUGCCAAACCUGGUCCUGCCACCCUGACCCGAGGGUUUUCCUCCCAUGGUCAUAAUUAUUUACGUUCCUUUUUUAGUUGCUUCUUUUUAAUGAGCCUGUUUGCUUGAGCCAAUUCCUCUUUGUCUCAGCGGUCUCUCCGGAAUCGCUGUGCUGGUUUUGGCUUGGGGUAGAGUUAAAUUUCUUCAUAGUAGCUAGUACAGGGCUGUGUUUUGGAUUUGUGCUGAAAACAGCGCUGAUAACACAGGGACGUUUUAGUUGCUGCUGAGCAGCUCUUGCUUACACGGAGUCAAGGCCUUUUCUGCCUUCCCAGCGAGUGGCUGGGGGAGCACAAGAGGUCAGGAGGGGACACAGCCGGGACCCCAACUGACCAAAGGGAUAUUCCAGACCUUACGAUGUCACGCUCAGCGAUAACACUCAGAGGAAGGUUGGCUGAGGGCUGCUGCUCGGGGACUGGCUGGGCAUGGGGUCAGUUGGUGGCGAGCAACUGUUUUCAUUUGCAUCACUUGUCUUUCUUGGGUUUUAUUUCUCUCAGUUGUUUUCUGUUUCUUUGCAAUUUCUUUUAGUGUAUUUCAUUGUUUCAAUUAUUAAAUUGUCCUUAUCUCAAACCACGCAUUGUCUCACUGUUACCCCUCCAGUUCUCUUCCCUCCAUCCUGCCGGGUGGGAGGGUGAGCAAACAGCUGCGUG